AUGAAAGAUAAUGAUGAUGAUGAUGAUAUUAUCAUAAUCGAACCAACAACAACAUCUUCAAUUAUAAAUGAAUUUUGUCAACAUAUUGAUAAAAUAACAAAUGAAUCAUGUAAAGAAUAUUAUUCUGUAGUAUGUAUUCAUUGUAAUCUUUAUUUAUGUUAUAUACAUGUUGAAAUACAUCAACUAUUAUUAUUAAAUGAACGUGAUCAAUUAAUUAAUGAAUUAAACGAACGUAUUAAUGAUUUAAAUCAAUUAAUAGAAAAUCCAGAUAAAAUACAAAAAAUCUUAUUUGAACAAAUAGAAAUAAAAACUAAAACGAAAGUUUCUUUUAUUCAACAAUUAAGUACUGAAAAAUUAGUUGAUUUAAAUAAAAUUAUUAUUGAAUUAAAACAAUUAUUUGAACCAGUUCGAACUAUUUUCAAACAAAAUCAAUGUGUUAGUUUAUAUCAAAUUAAAAAAAUUAAAGAAUGUUUUAUAAAAUUUGAUGAAAAUAAAAAAUUAUUAUUUAAUCGUAUAAUUGAUACAAUUCCUACUAAAGAAAUUGAAACGUGUAAACCUUUUCAUUUAUCAAAUAUUACUUCUCCUUGUCGACAAUAUGAAUUACCUGUACAAAGAUCAUUUCAUAAUGAAAUGGCAGCAAGUGAAGAUUUCCUUAUUAUAAAUGAUCGUGAACAUAUUCUUAUAUUUAAUUUAAUAAAUAGUUUAGAUGAUAAUUUAAUACCAGAAGUAAUUGAAUGGAAAAAUAAUCUCGAUGGAAAAAUUCUUGAUAUAUAUUAUAGUUGUUAUUUAAAAUUAUUUUUUAUUUUAACUGAUGAAAAAUUAUUCUCAUAUAGUCGUUUAUCAUCAUUUGUAUUUCUUCAUCGUUUUACAUCUCUUCCAUGGUCAUGUGCAACGCUAUUAAAUUCAACAUAUAUAUUAUAUAAAUAUUCCACGUUGAUUGAACAAUGGGUAUUCCCACCAACAUCAUCAUCAUCGCCAAUUCAAAUGAUAAAACAAUGGAAAUUAAAUGAAGUUAUAGUAGAAUGUGAACAUGAUCAACAUUUAAGAUGUAUUAGAGCAAAUCCGGAUCAAACUCAUUUAGCUAUUCUAAUUGAAGAUGAUGAAUGUCGUUGGCGAAUAGGUAUAUUUGACAAUAAUAUGAAUUGUUUACAUCAAACUGAUACACUUCCUAAUGCUUCAACGAUAGAUUGGAAUCUUGUUUUUUCAUUUAUUUCUUUUCAACAAUUAUUAAUUAUGGAUGCAACAACAGAACAAAUAUAUUUAAUAACAAUUGAUCAAAAUACAUCAACGAUUGAACAUAAACAGUUUACAGAUGCAGAUUAUCCAGUAAAUGCUUGUAUAAUAACAAACAAUGGUUAUAGUCAGUUAAUUCUUAAAAUGGUCAAACCAAACAUGCUCAAAUUUUUUCAGAUAUAA